AUGAAGUACUUGUUUCUCGCUUCUCUGCUCGCACUUUUCGCGAUCCACCCGACCUACACUGAAAGAGAGGUUGAUUUGUUCAACUUCCACGAGAAGACGCUGGCCCAGUUCAACCAAGCGCGGCGGAUUAUCGCUUCCGGAUCGGCCGAAAAUCUACUGAGGUUUCUUCGCAGCGCACUGUCUGUUUUCAAACAACUCCAGCUUCCUAACGUGGGUCCGGCAGCCAAUAUGUACAAAAUGGUAUUCGCAAUGCGCAUUUUCAAAGUAAUUUUCGAGUUCAGAGAUGGAGCCGUGAAAUGGAACAAGUCGCCUAUCGGAUUUAUAAUUCUGGCGACGAAGACUUGAUGUCAAAGAAGAUAAUGCCGGCUCUCGAGUCAGUGAAAGGGUACAAACACUUUACUUGGAUGGGAAACAUCCUCGAUGUUCUCAAAACGAUUCUCGACGUUCUCCCCGAGUCUUGGGUCGACAGUCUGCACGACUUGCUGGAAUUGGUGAGUGCUUGAUCGAUUCUCAAAUGAAAUUACUUGAUUCUGCAGAUCGAAACCAUCAUAAUUGUGAUCUGGAUGGCAUGGAACUACCCGCCUGCGCACGAGAAACCGAUCAAUCACAACAAACAUCACGCGUCCGCCGAAGCACUUUUCGCAUCUCGAUACGAAAUCGGAUGCUACUCUAAUCUGAUAUUCGGAGUCUGUGUUGUCCGAGAGUUAGUUUUCUCUUUAAAAUGUGUAAACGAAUUGGAUGCGAAUGCGUUUCAGCUCGAGAGAAGACGAGAUGCUCUUCGAGCCGGGCGUCGCCUGCUACAAUUGUCCGGUCGGAUCGCAUUGUGAAUGGACUCGUCUGCCAGAUGGAUACUUUGAAGAAGGAGAACUCUGCACCGCUCCGGACCCCAAUGGAACUAUGAUUCUUGGAAAAGCCAAUGGAACGACCAUCUCACCGAAAGGCGCCUAUGACAAUUUGUCUGGAAAUCCGACAAUUUACCUUGCUAUUCUCGUCAUUUCUUGCUUUUUCCUCUUCAGACGCUCACCACUGAAAAGUCACAAGCGUGACAAUGGAAAAUUGAUAAACUGA